AUCUCACCGAUCGCAGUCGCCGUCGCAUUUUCUGUCAUCGCCGGGGUUCGAUCACACUAAGGGUUUACGACGCGGCGGAGAAGCCGGAGGAGGUGAAGCUUAGGGUUAGGGUUUGAGUUUUUUUUUUUUUUUUUAUAGCUUUGAGUAUAGAGUUAUGUUGAUGGCGGAGGAUAGCUCUAAUUGGAGUGAAGUACCGGCCGUCGGCGCCGGGGGAUUCGCCGGCAACGAUCUCGACGACGACGAGGACAUGUCGAUGGAUAUCGAGGCGUUUUACCGUCUUCUAGAGGAAGAUCCCACGAGUCUUCCGGAGGAUUCAUCAUUGGGAGGUGGAUUGCAAGGUGAAGCAGUUUGCGGUGGUGAGGAUACACAGCUCCAGAAUGGAUCGCAAGUUUUAAAAGUAGAACCAUCAGCUGAUUCAGUGGGUCCUGGAUCAUGGCAUCCUUCAUACAGCUCUGAAGCUUCAGAAUCUGGGGUGGGGGGUCCAGGGGGUUCUUUUGAUUCUGCUGGUAAUCCUGUAAUGCUCUUUGACUACAGAGAUAGCAAACCAGCAGCAUACACUGGGUCUCCUGGUUCAUGGCAUCCUUCAUAUAUCUCAGAAGCAACAACUUCCGUGGCAGGGGGUCUAAGUGGUUCCUUUGAAUCUGGAGGGAACCCUCCAAUGGAGUUUGACAGAAUACCACCAGCACAGUCUGGCUCUCCAGGGAAUGUGUACUCUCCAGGUCUUCAAGACUGGAUUUCGUCGGUUCCAUACACGGAGACUUACUUUCCUGAGAGAAAUGGUGUUUCACACCCCACUUGUAGCACCACUUCUAGUUUUGAAGAAGGACUUGCUAACCAUACGAUAGACCAAGGAGAUCUCAAUAUCCUCCAGGGGAAAGCAGAUGUCUCAGGGAAAGUUGAUUUUGAAUAUUCUUCACAGAGCAUUGGGAUUGAUAACAUGGACAUGAGUUCCAGACGGUGUACUGCUUUGAGGGAAAACACCACCGAAACCUUGGGACCAUCUGAAAAUAAUUCUUGUACAUCUAUGGAAAUGCCCUUUCUAGAUGUAGAUAUUUGUUCACCACAUGUUACUUCUACUGAGUCUACUCUCUGUCAAGAUUCUGAUCUGUUCAGCGACCAUUAUACAUCUACAGAUGGUAUGAGCUUAGACAAUACAUAUUUGGCCGACUCCUCACUCCAGCCUAAUCCUUAUAAUUACUACUCUACAUUAUAUCCAAGUAACAAAAAAAUGAUGACUAAUGUGAAGGAUGAAUCAGUGGAGUUUCCAACUGAUAGGUCAUGUGCAAGCAGUAAGAUAAAUAUAAAUUGUCAGGAGGGAAUGGCUGGUUCAUAUGGCUUUGAUUCAACAAUGAUUGAUGCUUCAGAUAUUACUCGGUGGAAUUUUGAUUAUGGAACUUUUUAUGGUACUUCGGCAGUUAGUGGGAAUUCUUCAUUGGAUGCUGACUCUGGUCCUGUUGACAACAAGGCGUCAAUCAAGCCUUUGGGUUCUACUAAUACUUACGUGUCACGGAGACAAGAAUUCACUGGUGUGAAGGAUGAAAGCGUCAAUGAGUUGGGUGCUCCUAGUUCUGGUAUGCCACAUGCUUUUUCAUUCAUGGAAGGCAGUAGAAAACCAUCUUACAAUGGUGACAGUAGCUUUUUUGACAAUGAACCAAGGCUCUCAGGACAUGUUAAAGAAGAGACUAAGAAAACUUACUUUCCUGAGGGUAAUAAUUCUUUAUCACAUAUUAGUGGUGGAUCUGUGAAUCUAAAUGGUUUGGAAUAUCAGUUGCCAGCUGCCCCGCCAUUUGCUUCAAACAAGAAUCAAGGUUACAAUAUGGAGAGACCUGAGGCUAACCGCUCUAUGCCUAAAAGCAUUGGUUUUCCUCCUUCAAAAGUCAGCCCUGAGUCUAUUCAUAGUAACUUCUCUGAAAAAUCCCCUGCAGAAGACGACUGUGAUGUAACCAUUAUCGAAGAUAUCAGUGACCCUGCGCCUGCUCAUCGCCUUCCUGUGGUUAGCAAUAAUCGGUACCCUGCAUCGAUGAAUCACCCUCUAGCAGUUGGAAGUAACAUUGUUAGUUCACAACAGUCUAAUGAUCAUGACACAGGAGUGGGAGGAUUGCGGUUUAGGACAAGGGAUGAGCAAUUGAUCUUGAGGGUAGCAUUGCAGGACCUGUCACAGCCCAAGUCAGAAGCUCUUCCGCCAGAUGGAGUUUUAACAGUACCUCUCUUACGACAUCAGAGGAUUGCAUUGUCAUGGAUGGUUCAGAAGGAGACAGCCAGCUUGCAUUGUUCUGGAGGAAUUCUUGCAGAUGAUCAGGGAUUGGGUAAAACGAUAUCGACAAUAGCUCUCAUACUUAAGGAAAGACCUGCUUCUGGAGCCUGUCAAGAUGAAAAAAAGUGCAAGCUGGAAACUCUGGAUUUGGACAAAGAUGAUGACAUGCUUCUUGAGAUUGGCAGAACGAAGCAAGAUGAUGGUGCUCAUUCAAGUGUUUCAAAUGAAACUAGCCAGAAGACCUUGACUCAAACAAAGGGAAGGAUAGCUUGUGGAACACUCGUUGUGUGCCCCACAAGUGUCUUGCGGCAAUGGGCAGAGGAGUUGCAUAAUAAGGUAACAGAGAAAGGCAAACUCUCGGUCCUAGUGUACCAUGGAGGCAAUCGAACGAGGGAUCCUUCUGAGCUAGCUAAGUAUGAUGUUGUCCUCACAACAUAUUCAAUUGUCAGCAUGGAGGUCCCCAAGCAGCCUCUUGCUGAUGGAGAAGACGGGGAGAAAGGAAAGUUUGAGGACCAUGAUUCUCCUCAUAUGGGGUUUUUUUCUAAGAAGAGGAAAUAUCCUGAUAAUUCCUCAAAGGGUAAGAAGAAAUUGGAUAAUGCAGCACUUGAGUCUCUUGCUAGGCCUCUGGCUAAGGUUGGAUGGUUUAGGGUUGUUUUGGAUGAAGCCCAGAGUAUCAAAAAUCACAGAACCCAAGUAGCUAGGGCAUGCUGGGGUCUUCGAGCGAAGCGGAGGUGGUGCUUAUCAGGGACACCUAUCCAGAAUGCAAUUGAUGAUCUCUAUAGCUACUUCAGAUUUCUGAGAUAUGACCCUUAUGCUGUCUACAAGACAUUUUGCGCGACAAUAAAGGUUCCAAUCAGUAAGAAUCCAACAAAAGGGUACAGAAAGCUACAAGCUGUUCUGAAGACAAUCAUGUUACGCCGCACAAAAGGCACACUUCUUGAUGGAGAACCUAUCAUUAAUUUGCCACCAAAGUUAAUAGAAUUGAAGAGGGUGGAGUUCUCAGAUGAAGAACGAGAUUUUUACUCCAGGCUAGAGUGCGACUCACGUGCUCAAUUCGAAGAAUAUGCAGCUGCUGGGACCGUAAAGCAAAAUUAUGUUAAUAUUUUGCUGAUGCUCUUGAGACUUCGGCAAGCUUGUGACCACCCUCUUCUUGUCCGACGUUAUGAAUCACAGUCUUUGUGGAAAUCAUCUAUUGAGAAGGCACAAAAGCUUCCGCAUGACAAACAAGUUUCCCUUCUGAAUUGCUUGGAAGCUUCAUUGGCAAUUUGUGGUAUCUGCAAUGAUGCGCCAGAAGAUGCUGUUGUUUCUGAAUGUGGUCAUGUAUUCUGUAGCCAAUGCAUUGGCGACUAUCUCACUGGUGAUGACAACAAGUGCCCCAACACAAGUUGCAAAGUUCGACUGAAUGUGUCUUCAGUAUUCUCUAAAGCCACUUUAAACAGCUCCCUUUCUGACCAACCUAGUCAAAGGGGCAUGGGUUCUGAAGUUUUUGAUGCUGUAGAGUCUUUCUAUGAGGAUAGCUCGUACAAUUCAUCCAAGAUUAAGGCCGCGCUUGAGGUUCUCUGCUCGAUGUGUAAACCAAAGAUUUGUGCUACAGAAAAUAGUUGCUUACCGGAUAGUGUUGAUAACAAUGCCAGCUGUUCUACAACUUCUGAUAUUGAUGGGGUUGAGUCGCUUGAGGGUGGUGUUGAUGGACAGAACCUGGAUGUGGACAAAAGUCCUAAGAAAGUUGAGAAGGUAGUUCGAGAAAAAGCAAUAGUCUUUUCACAGUGGACUAGGAUGCUGGACUUGCUUGAAGUGUGUCUUAAAACUUCUGGCCUUGAGUAUAGAAGACUUGAUGGAACAAUGUCGGUUGUUGCCAGAGAUAAAGCUGUAAAGGAUUUUAACACUCUUCCGGAGGUGACUGUAAUGAUUAUGUCUUUGAAAGCUGCCAGUCUUGGUCUAAAUAUGGUUGCAGCCUGCCAUGUACUUCUUUUGGACCUGUGGUGGAACCCUACAACAGAAGAUCAAGCAAUUGAUAGAGCACAUCGUAUUGGGCAGACUCGUCCUGUUACAGUUUUACGGUUGACUGUGAGAGAUACAGUCGAAGAUCGUAUUUUAGCUCUUCAGAAAAAAAAGAGAGAGAUGGUGGCAUCUGCAUUUGGAGAGGAUGAAAGUGGUGGUCGUCAGACUCGCCUAACAGUCGAUGAUCUCAAGUACCUGUUUAUGAAGUGAUUAGAUAGUUUUCAUGGGUUGAACAGAUUUGUUCUACUAACAAAAGGGGUUGUCCAUAGGUUUGUUUCCGGCUUUUGGCCGCAGAAGAAGUGAUACUGGGAAGGUUAUCUGACAAUAGAUCUAGAGAAGGGGUAGCAUUGGGCUCUUAUAAGCUAGAUGAUUAUGUUAAUUGUCCAUAGAAUCUCACAUGGUCCAAGGUUUUUCUUACCAAUUUUUUUGCCUUUACAGUUUCUCCA